GGUUCCUUUUUUUUGUUUCAGUGGUGAAGUUUCAAUCCAAGUUUGCCGUCCCCCAAAUCGUGGUUGAGGAGCCCUCCUCCGCUCAGCCACUCACUCCUCCAUCCAGCCAACCACUCUUGAUGGAUGAUCUGCCGGCCCAGUCUCACCAAGGGACCAGCCAGCCGAUUCACUCGGGGGAGAUCUACUUCAACGUAGACACCUUCGAGUUCGACAAUCUGAUGGGUGAGACUGGGCAUACGUCCCAGGCGGGGGUGGGAGACCGGCCCAAUGAGGAAAGGGACGCCAAGGAGGAGACUUCUAGGGGGUCCCUUCAACGGAAGAAGCGGAAGACUGAGGAAGUCAACCAGCCUUCCCAUCAGGGGGCCCAGUCCUCCGACGCCGGCAAGGGGCCGAUAGUGCCUCGUUCUCUGGCUUUAAUGUCCAGGUCAAACGAGGAGCUCUUCCGAGCAUUCCGUGCUGAUCUGUAUGAGGUCGGCCGGAUCGGGGAGGAGUACUUCGCCCGGCUGGUGAAGUCGAUGGAUGAGGAGAAGGCCCGGAUAGAGGCCAUGAUGGUCGAAUGCCGGAAGGAAGCCCAGGCUGCCCGGGCCAAGGCAGAGAAGAUAGAGGCCAAAUGGACAGAGCACUGUGCGGUUUACCGCCAGCUCUAUGCCAAGCACGACGGUCUCCUCAAGGCUGCGAAAGAGGCCGAUGAGCAGGCCCAGGCCAAGAUCAAUCAGCUGGAGGCCGAAAAUGCCCGGUCAGCCGAGGAAAUCGCUCGGCUGGAAGAUGAGCUGCAGAAAGAGCAAUCGGAGCGUGCCGCCCUUGCUGCUGCCUGGGCCACUCAAACGCCUAAGGAGUUUGCUGCUAAGGCGUUGCCUGACCGGGAGACUGCCAUCCGCUUCUUCCAAGGCUUGUACAAGUACGAGGUCUCGGCCGGGAUCGUCGAUGAAAUCGGAACGUACGGCUUUGAAAGCAGCCAGUACUCGGAGCGGAAGGCCCUCUAUGGCAUCCUUCAGCAGAGGAUCCAAAGUUUUCAGCCAAAGGCUCUUUCUCUGCCCGAGCUGCACUCCGAGGCGCCUGAACCUCCCUUCCCGGGCAUCUGAUCCGUCCGGCCUUCCUUCCUCAUCUGAUUUUCUCUCUUUUUUUUAUUAUUUUUUUUAUAUAUGAUGUAAUGGUCUGCCUCCGGGCACUUUUGUAUUUCAUUGACAUAUUAAUGAAAAUAUGCUUUAUGUUAUCAUUUCUCAUCAUUUCUCUUCAUCUUGGAUUCUUUAACCGUUUAGAUUAAUAAAUAACAGCCCGGCUGUAUUUACCCGGCUUAGAAUACAAUUUUACCCAUGUC